UGAAGGGUUGAACACAGUGACAUCAUGAAUACAGGCUGCAACAUGUUGCUCCACAUGGAUUAAUCAGUGAGCUCCAGUGAGAGUCAUGAAGGAGUCUUCGGUGUUUCUGACCGCUGGUCUCUGCGUCAGCAAGCUUUAUUGACUCUACCUGAACAGGAAGACUCGACGCAGCACAGCUCUGUUGUAACAGGAAGCAAAGCCACAUGGAAAGCAAAUCUAUAAACUUCAGCAGAAUAACCUCUGGACAGUGAUCAGUAAAGGCCUGACCUGUCACCAAGUCUGUGAGUGAGACCGAAGCAACGUUUCCACAAAUGGAUCACUCGGUAGCUUUAGCUGCGGCGCUCACUUGCCCCAUCUGCUUGCAGCUCUUCUCUGAGCCAAUUUCUCUCCCCUGUGGUCACAUCUACUGCUUUGCCUGCCUCCAGACCAUGGGAGAAGGCCUGGACCAACACAGCUGCCCCGAGUGCCAGGCAGAGUACCAGGGAACCAACGUCCUUGUGAGAAGCCUCAAAAUGUGCAGCAUCAUAGAGACGUACAAAGCCACCGCUGGGACAGACAACUCCACUGCCAACCCUUCUGAUGUCGGCCUUGUAACAUUCAAGAGUGAUGAUGGCUAUGUUACAGAGAAAUCAAACACAAAACACCACCAGGACGUAGCGACAUCUGGAGAGGAGAGCUCAGUGUGUGAGGGAAAGGGUGGCUUUCAAAUUAGGUCUGAGUCCUUUUCUUUGGAUCAAGACAAAGGCAGUGGCAAAGGCAAGAUGGCAAUGGAUGAACCUAAAUUCAGAAUGGCAUCUCAAGUCACCGAGUUGAGCCUGAAGCUGGAGAUGGCAGAGAGUGUGCUGAGGAAGGAGGAGGAACGAGAGUUAGAGGUGACCACUGCUAACAGUCAGCUGAGAGAGAAAGCACGCAGACUUGUAGGGCAGAUCACAGAGCUGUCGCAGAGCUACAGCGCGCAGGUGAUGCAGCUGAUAGAAGAAGAGCUAGGUCCAGGCGAGGCCAGCGUAGGCGGUCGAGUCAGUCAAGCUUCUGAGCUGACGAAGCAGCUGAGACAAGCUAUGCUCAGAGCGGAAUCCCUUCUGACUGAAGAUGACGAGGCUGCGUUUAGUGACGAGCUUCGGACUCUACAACCGCACAUCGUGGAGUUAAUGGCCAAGCCCGUGGGAGAAGAUGACGACCACGUCGAAUCCAAAGUCAACUCCGCGCGAGCCUGUCCCAAGCUGGAGAGCAUGAAUGCUGAGCUGAGGGAAAGAUUUGGAGAGAUUCAGCGCUCCCUUCGAAACACCUUCAACCCCUCAGAGGUGACCUUUGACCCCAAAACAGCCCACCCCAACCUCGUCCUCUCAAGGGACUUGAAGACUGUGACUUUCAGCGCUGUCAAACAGCCCUACCCGUCCUCUCCUCAGAGGUUCACCAACUUCUUCCAGGUCCUCAGCACCCAGAGCUUUUUCGAAGGCGAGCAUUGCUGGGAGGUGGAGCUCGAGGGUUCUCCGUGGAUCAUCGGCGUGUGCUACAGCGGGAAGCUGGCACGCAGCGGGUUGCCCUCGGCUCUGGAAAGCAGCCGGAGCUCCUGGUGUCUGAUGUGGUUCAACAACCUGCUAACGGCCUUCGAGCAGAGUCAUGACGUGCCGCUGAAGAGGACCACAGUGUCACGCAAGCUGGAGAUCAGACUGAGUUUCAAGACCCACAGGCUGAGCUUCUACAACAUCAGCCCCUCCAGCGGGAAGACUCAUGUGUACACGUUUAAGGCUAACCUGACUGAACCGGUGCACCUGGCCUACAGGAUGCUGUCAGGGGACCCCAAAGGCCGUGUCACUAUUUAUUCAUAAUCAGAACAAUAUUUCUAUCAAAUGUGCUGCAUAGUAGAAAGUACAAAAUAAUAUUUUUGAGACUUGAUUUGUAUGAUUAAAUAAUUUAGUCUUUCGUUGUCAUGAUAGAGAGCACAGAGAUUUCCUCAUUCCUCAGGCAACUUGUUCCAAAGAAGAGAGGAAUUAUGAUGUCACUUACUGAUCACCUACUUACUUGCUUUUGCCAAGUACUUUGGAUGCUUUGUGUGAUAAUAUAUAUGACUGCUUCUCAAGUUUACAUAGGCAUAAAGUCAUGAAUGUGACUGAAUUACUGAUUGCACUUAAUUUUGUGUGUCCAAUAUUUGUGACGUUUUUCUAUUUCCAUCUGAUAAAUAGAUUUCUUGCGCACUGGGCCUUCUUCACAGCAGACAUUUUCUCUUGUCAAAGUAGGAAAAGCACAGGCGUUUAUACAAUAAUAACAUUAACAAUGGCUCCGUUGUAUUCAAGUGUCCCAGUUAGAAUGUCAGUGAGCCAGUAUGCACAAUACGAGGAUCCUGAAAUCAAAGCAGCUAAAUGGAAUUCAGUCAUCAUCAAUAUCAAUUAUUUACACCUGUGAUUUCCCUACUGUUGCAAAAUGUCUUAUGUGAAAAAGGCCUAUUCCUACUGUGUGUCAAGGCCUCUUGAAAGAGGCUGGGACACGGGUCUUGAGUUAUGGGGGAUAACACAUGCGCAAUGUAACUGGAGCUGUGGUUGUGUGUUGCUAUUGGCUCAAUUUUGGCGAGUGCAGACCGGAUUUUAUUUUUAUGCAUGUGUUGUACCCCAAAAAUAUGACGCGAUGAUGACGCGUGACAUCUCCUCUUUUCACCCUCCUUGCUGUGUGUUCCAAUACCCAUACUACCAAAAGAUUUCCUAUGUCACAACACAGUAUGCAAAAAAAAUACCAUGAUGUCCUACUACAUCCAGUCGCAUUUUGCGGUAUGGAAGACUGCUUUUCUGGCUAUUCUGACCCACAAUCCUCUGUGCAGUGAAUAUGUGAGCAAGAGGUCAAAUUUCAAGGUGCAAUGUUAUGGAGAAGUACUAUAUAUAAAGGCAUCUGCCAUAUUUAUUAAAAGUAAAAAGAAAAAGUAUGCGAUUUGGAACGCACCGCAGGUCCUGAAAUGAAAGCAGCUAAAUGAAAAUUCAGCCACCAUUAAUUUCAUUGUUUACACCUGUGCUUUUUCCACUGUGACCUCUGAGUAAAAGGCCUCUUCUAGCUUAUUCAAGCUUCAUGGUGUAUUCAUCACAUUCAUAUUAUUACAUCUUUGGAAGAUGUCACUCUUGUAAUGUGUAUUUUUUGCCUUAAUUUAAAUAAAUAAAUCUAAAAAACAAAACAAAAA